AUGACUGACAUUAAUCAAAUAAAUGAUGGACAGACUUCAAAACCUCACUGGUCACAGGAACAAUGUGAGUCAAAUUCACUAAUCAAUCAAAUUAUAAUAGAACCAGACAAUACUGAACAAGAAAUUCAAUCUGUAAUGAAGCUUAUUCAUAGAAUUAAUAAAGAAAAUAAACAUUUACGACGUCUAGCAGCUUGUAUAGAAUCGAAUAGUUCUGCUAUAAAUUCUACUUUUCGCUAUUAUAAAAUGCGAAAUAUAUUAUUUUCAAUAAUAACUGCUGGUCCCAGCGAUCAUCUCAUUGAUUAUCUUAUUGAAUUAGAUGAUCUUAAUGAUAUGCUAAAAUAUUUCAAAAGUCUCGCAGUUCAUGAUGAAGAGAAAUAUGUUAUAGAAUUAUAUAAUAUUGGACGACAGAAACUUAUUGAAGAAAGUGAUGAUUUUAUCAUGAAAUCUACAAACUCAAUACCACCUCAAGAAUUACUUGAUUUAUGCCGAUCAAUAUCAUUCACACCAAUCGAUACUGAUGAUAUUCAACUGUCUGGUUUAAGUGGAUUUCGUAUUAUCUUUGAUUGGUUUAAAGAACAAGGAUUUCAAUUAGGUCUUAUUGAUUCGUAUGCUACAAAGAGAGGAAUGAUGGUUCAUAAAUCUCUUAAAUUACUAGCCGAACAUUUACGACAGAAAUCUGUACGUCGUGCAUCCAUUAAUCUACUGAACGUUAAUUCCUGUUCAUCCUCUCGUCGUUCUUCUCUCAGCACAGAUACAAUAAAAGAACAUGUUAAAAUAAAAAUCAAUGAAUUAGGACGUCGUUUCGUACAUUCACCUGUAUUUGGUCGUCGAGAAUCAUUAUCAAAACCUACAUUAUUACACCUACCAAAAAUGAAUGUACAUUUUGAUUUUCUUGAUGUCGAACAUGCACCACCUCCAGUAUCGUUUACUGACAAUCGAGAAACAAAUAAUUAUAAAUUUUUACUCGAUGCAUUUAUCAUUCUUCUGCUACGUGAUUUAGAUUUAUUAUUUUAUGUUUUCGAAAAUGAAUAUAAAACAAUGGUACUUUCGAAAUUAAUGGAAUUACCAUUAACAUAUAUCCUUGAAGAAGGACAACAAUUAUGCGAAGCAAUUAAACAAUUACCAGGUAAAAUAGAUACGGGAAAACUUGCUUUCUUUGGUCUUUUUUCAAUUAAAAAUUGGUUUCACAAAUCUGAAUCUACUUUAACAAAAUUCUAUCAAGAAAGUGAUGUAUCUUCACGUUAUCAAUUCAGUGGGAUACUCUUGCCGAUAUUUGAACAAUCAAUUAUAGAAUGUUUUCAUUUAAUAUUAUAUGAUGUAAAAAAUGAUUCAUCAGCAUUAAGUGAAGGUGGUGGUGUACAUCCAUUAACAAUACAUGUAUUCGAUUUUAUAGAAGAUCUUUUUGAUUAUGAACCUAUGAUUUCUACUAUUCAAUUCACUAAUAUCGAAGAACAAAAAAUCGCCACUGAUACUAUUUCAUUAUCAAUAAAUAAAUCCAUUUUUAACUUAAAUGAAUAUAUCGUUAAUUUAAUUCAAUCACUUCGUAUGAAUAUUUCACACAAAUUGAAAACACUCAUUCCAGAUCACGAUAAAACACUACAAGCAAUAUUUCUUCUAAAUAAUAUCAAUUAUUUUUUUAAAAGACUUGAACAUCCAUCCUUGUUAGCCAUCAUCGAAAAACAUGAACCAAAUCUUCGAUCAGACUUACGUAAUAUCAUAAAAAUAAGUGUCAAAAUGUAUUUGAAAUGUUAUACACCUAUGAUUACGAACAUUCAACAAAUGUUUGACUAUGAUGAUCUACAUCAUCUUUCUGACCUUCAGUUGCGAGAACAUGAUCGAGAACAAUUGAAAACAAGUUUUUCCAUGGUGAAUGCAGCUAUUGAUACUCUUCGUCAACAGCAUUUAGAAUUGACUGUUGAUGAUGUACUAUUACGUGAUCAAUUACGAACUCAAAGUAAACGCGUAAUUUUGGAUAAAUUUCAAAUAUUUUAUACAAAAUUUGCACACAAACAUUUUACACACAAUCCAGAUAAAUAUUUACGAUAUAAUCCAUCAAUGCUCGAUAAUAUAAUUGACGCAUUUUUCGAAUAG